GUGCGCAGCCGUGAGGACGGGCGUCUGUACGCGGUGAAGCGCACCACGCGGCCCUUCCGCGGCCCCCGCGACCGCCGCCGGGCGCUGGCCGAGGCCGGGCGCCAGCGCGCCGUGGGGCGGCACCCGCAGUGCGUGGGGCUGGUGGCGGCCUGGGAGGAGCGGGGCGUGCUGUACCUGCAGAGCGAGCUGUGCCCGGGGGGCAGCCUGGGGGGCGGCCCGGGGGGCCCCCUCCCCGCCUGGCGGGCGCUGGCGUACCUCUGGGACCUGCUGCAGGCGCUGCGGCACCUCCACGCGCGCCGCAUGGUGCACGGCGACGUCAAGCCGGCCAACGCGCUGCUGGCCCGCGGCGGCGUCCGCUUGGCCGACUUCGGGCUGCUGGGGGGGGAGGGCGGCGGCGAGGGGGACCCCCGCUACCUGGCCCCCGAGGUGGGGGGGGGGGGGCCGGGGGCGGCCGGGCCCCCCGCCGACGUCUUCAGCCUGGGGCUGACGCUGCUGGAGGUGGCGGCGGGGACGCGGCUGCCGGCGGCCGGCGAGGGCUGGCAGGAGCUGCGCAGGGGGGGGCUGCCCCCCGACAUGGCGCGAGGGCUCACCCCGGAGCUGCGGGAGCUGCUGGCGGCCAUGUUGGAGCCCGAGCCCGAGCGCCGACCCUCGGCCGAGGCCCUGCUGCAGACGGCGCCGGUGCGGCGCGCGGGGCGUUACCGGGCCCUCACCCGCCUGGCCGACGAGGGGCUGCGCCGUGGGGCGCGCCUGAUGGAGGGCUGCCGGGCCGCCCUCCGGUGGAUGAGGGGCGCGCUAUGGGGCGCGCUAUGGGGCGCGCUAUGGGGCACGGCGCCCUGGCGGCGCCCCCCGGCCACCCCGCCCCGCUCCCCGCUGCCGCCCCACGGCAUCGACUGGGAGGAGGAGGAGGAGGAGGAGGGGGUGCGGUGGGUCGGCGGCACGCCGGGGAGGUGAGUGGC